AUGACAACUAAGCCCAUUGAAUCACAUUUUGUUUCUUUCAGCAGAUUGUUGUUAUGUUGCAGCUCAGCGUCUGUACGUACAGGAGUGACAGUCCCAUCUGUGUUUGACAGGAGGCUCUCCUAAUCUCGACUGGGAACAGAGCAGUUGGCUGUGAAAUGUGGCUCGUGGUCGUCUCCGUCCCGCUGCUCCCGGCGCUCCUCAUGGUGUCCAGUCGUUUCCGUGUAAAAGUUUCCACGCUGUGCCAUCAAGCUGCGGCGUGGGCGCUGAGGCUGCUGCGAGGGAAAGUGUGUGUAAGGAGCACUCAUGCUUUUGUGUUCUCCAACUGUACCCACGGGAAGGCCGACAGCGUCAUGGAGACCUUUGAACUUUACGCUGACACAAACCCGUCCCUCUGCAUCAGCCCCCCGACCGGUGAAGCAGUGGCUGAGGUGGUGAGGCGUGUCAGUCCCUACCAGGUGUUGGAAUUUGGGAUGCACUGUGGCUACUCCUCUGUCCUUCUGCUGCGUCUGCUGCCCCCUGCUGGCAGGCUGAUCACAGUGGAGCUGGACCCCCUCACAGCAGAGCUCGGGGAGGAGGUCAUACUUGUAGCUGGCUUCAAGCACACCCAGUUCCAGGUGUUGACUUCUAGCUCAGCUGACGCCAUCCCAACGUUGCGCCCCUUUCUCGAGCCCGGUGAAAGGACCAGUGAGGGGCUCGAUCUGGUUCUGAUGGACCAUGACCCCCAGCAGUACCUCUCAGACCUGCUGGCUCUGGAGAGAGAGGCGCUCCUCCGCCCCUCCGGCUGCUCCGUGCUCCUGAUCCACAGGAACCAGAGAGCUGAAGACGUCAGAGGAAUCCUGGAUCAGAUCAGAACGAGGGCCGACCGCUACUGCAUCAAGUCUGAGCUUCAGUGCAUGACUGAGCUCUUCUAUCGGAAGGGAAACACAAGGACAGACAGGUGAUAGACGUGGGGCGGGCUUUCAGUUUGUGAGUGUGUGUGUGCAUUAGAACAAAAGAGUGUUAAUAUUACUUGUGUGUUAAAGAUUUUGUGGAUAAAAAUAAGUGCUAAAUAAAAUAUUUUCUACAGCUCA